AUGACUAUAACCACCAUUUACAUUGUUCGCCAUGGGUAUCGCGAAAACUGGCUUCCCAAGGAGGUCCAGAGAGACAGUCCAAUGGGCGACAAUGAGAGCGAUCCUUUGUUGGCGGCUCACGGCGUGGAACAGGCCGUUGAGUUAGGCCAAUAUCUUUCCCAGGAGGUGGACCCUAAACCCCAGUUAAUUUUUUCAAGUCCAUUUUAUAGAUGUGUCGAGACCAUCCAGCCCACAGCCAAGGAGCUAGGACUCAGCAUCUUCCUCGAUAGAGGUAUUGGCGAGUGGUAUAGACCAAAUAGACCCACCAUCCCGGAACCAGCAAAUAUAGCUGUUCUGUCGCAGUAUUUCCAAGAUCUGUCCGACAAAUGGCCGCCCGACACGGUUGUUCCGUCCGACAAGGGCGAGGAGGAGGACGAGUUGAUGCAGAGAUGUCGUGAGUUCUGGACCAAGUUUAUCCCCAAGGUGGAGUCGCAGUUCCCGAAGGCCAGCUCCAUCAUUCUGGUGACCCAUGCUGCCGUCAAGAUCGCUUUGGGAAUGACUUUGCUUGGAUACACCAACACUAGAGAGUUUUUGAAACCAGAGCACGGCGGCGACGGCGUGUCGACGAGAAUCCACGCCAGCACGUGCUCCUUGGACUGCUACAAGAGCUCGGGUGCCGGCUGGACCAUGGUGAUGAACGGUAACACGCAGUUCCUGACCGGGGGCCCAGAAAUGAACUGGCAUUUUGCUACCGCGCAGUUCGAGGCCGGCAAUCUCGAGUAUGAGGAUGUCUUUGUUACGCUCAAGUUCCCGCCAAAUCAGUACAUCAGUCUGGACAGGAACUCGCUGAAUGCAGAUUCUAUUAAAAAAGAGUCGCUAGAGGAGUCGUUGGAGGAUUCUGCCGCCGAACGCUCUAGCUUGAGAUUAAGUGGACUCGACAAGGACAAGCCGUUGUUGCAGCUCAACAACAACCUUUAUCAGGGCGAGUGGUCCAAGCUGGUUGGCUCCGAGCUGGUUUUCAACGAGAACGGCGAGUUUGUAACCAAAGUCGAUGGACACAUAGUGCUCAAGAGCGGCCGUUUGGAGAACACAGAAAACGAUAAGGAGUCGUUCCUUGCCAAAGUGUUGCAAAAAGCCCGUGCUGUCAAGACAUCCAACGAGCCAGACUCCAUGGACGUUGACUCCUAA